CUGACAAAAGCACUGACCCUUCUCCCACCGUCGCAAGAGUCAAGAACACUCUCCCUCCAUAGCCUUCGAAACCAACAAGGCGCACGCCGGAGUCUCCUCAUGGCCGACGAGAAAGAAGCCGACUCGCUGCAGCCGCCGUCCAAGCAGCCCCGCCUCUCCUCCGCCGACUCGAACGCCGGGGCGGUGACGAUGGCGGUCUCGUCGCCGCUGGGUCUUGGCCUCGGCCUGGGGCUCGGUGGCGAUAGCCGUAGCGAGCAGCAGGCCUUCGAAGCACGGGCGGCGGCGAAGUCGGCGCUGACGUUCAUGCAGCAGCAGGAGCUGGAGCACCAGGUGCUCAUCUACCGCUACUUCGCGGCGGGGGCGCCCGUGCCGGUGCACCUCGUGCUGCCCAUCUGGAAGAGCGUCGCCGCCUCCUCCUUCGGCCCGCACCGCUUCCCCUCCCUGAUUGGGCUGGGGAGCCUGUGCUUCGACUACCGGAGCAGCAUGGAGCCGGAGCCCGGGCGGUGCCGCCGCACGGACGGCAAGAAGUGGCGGUGCUCCCGCGACGUGGUGCAGGGGCACAAGUACUGCGAGCGGCACGUCCACCGGGGCCGCGGCCGUUCAAGAAAGCCUGUGGAAGGAGCCCCCGCAGCCCCGGCGCACAGCGACAGCACCGCCACCGCCCCGCCCCGCGCCAUCGGCUUCUCCCCCGCCGGCAUCCUCCACGCCACCCACAGCGCCGCCGCGCGCGCCACCUGAGGCCGAGGGCGGCCUCGUCCCGUCCCCGCCGCGUCCGUCCGUCCGUCAUGGCGCGUUGGCGUGGGGCAAGAUCGUGCAGAAACGAAAUCCGCAGGGAUUUUGUCGCGUCGUGUAGCUUUUUCUUGGGCGGCUUUUCAAACUAUAAACCUGCUGAGUUCGAUGGCACGCGUCCCUGCUGGUUGCUGUGCGUGCGCCUGUGACA